GCGCGGGUCGUGCACAUUAUUGUAUAUAUAUUUUUUUUAUCGAUAUUAUUAUUACCUAUAAAAUGAAUGUUACAUGUUCUCGAUCAGCGCUACUAUAUAAUAGUUUUCCUGCGCGCGGCGACCAUUCGCCGUGAACCGCUGCUGACCGGAUGUCGUCCGGCGACCAUCGGCUGCGACCGAUCGGCCCGACAAGUUGUCCGCCGGCCACGAGACGCGCGCUGCACUCGUCGUCGUCGGCCGUGAGGAAAGUCGACGACGGCGUCUCCGUGUGGGGCGUAACCGUCCGGUCCAACUGUCAGAUCGCUCUGCCCGUCUUCGGCACGCUGUUCCUGUUCGCCGGCAUAGUGCUCACAGUGAUAUCUUAUGGCUGGGUAACUGGAGGUGGCGAAGACGACUCGAAACGCAAGUUCUACUCGAAGUCUGACAACGGUCGAAUAUUGGGACCUAUAUGUUUGGUCGUGUCGAUCGUAAUGUUCAUUGCGACAGCAGUGCUCCGGACAAUCAGCAAAAACGCCCGUUUCCGGCAAACUCGCGUCGGAUUCCACUGUCCAGUCCAUGGUGAUUUCUUUCCAAUCAGUCCCGGACCCGAUCCAAGAAAAUUCUCUUUUUCUACGGAAAACCUUGCAAAAGACCCGUGGACAUGCAACUGUUUGAACCGAUCGAAAGCAGACUCGCAGGAAACAUUGGCUGUCGAAGACUUACCCCCGCAAUGUCCACACAACGGCGCCCACGGGAGCACCACCAGGAGUCCGAGUCCCGUGUCCACUUGUCCGACGCCAAAACCGUUUUUGAUAUUCACCGAUUCCGCGCAUGGUGCUUGCAAGGAACUUUACAGCGGAAACACUCUAUUUCCGGAUGAACCGUUCGGAUCAAUUCGAUCUCUGUCGGUUCCCAACGACAACCUGACCGUGGCGUGUUUUCCCGUCGAACGCUCGUCCGAACAGUAUUUGAACGUACCCGAAGAUGCUUGGUCCCACAAGAGAUUGAGUUGCCCGAGUCUGCCAUCGGCGGGAGACGAAUUUCCGGAGCCGGUUCACAAGCCUCUAACUCCACAGGUUGUAAAGGUGACGCGCGAAAUUAAAUUCGUCACGCCUAUAGACAAGACUCCAUGAAUAAAUAUUAACUAACCAUGUCAACCAUUCCCGUCACUAAUCAGAUUUACGACGAUUUACAAACAUAUUUUAUGAAUUGAAUAAUUUGUGGCUUUCAUAAAUGUGAUAAAUCAAUAGUUAAUUAUAUAGACAUAUUAAACAUGUAUACAUUAAGUCUAAGGGCCAGUUUUUUCUACACAUAAUCUUGAACGAUAUCUAAACUAAGUGAUACAAUUAAAGUACAAUUAUUUUCUUAAUAGUAUAAUAAAACUGUUAAGAAAAAAAAUCACAAAUCAAUUUUUUUAAUA